AUGGCCAUUAGAUUCUGCGAUAAAUCUAACAACUUGUUCUAUCUGAAGCAUAAGAGAAACAACAUUCAGGAGGCUGCCUUGAUGGAGAAUCAACAUCAGAGAAACAACAUUCAGGAGGCUGCCUUGAUGGAGAAUCAACAUCAGAGAAACAACAUUCAGGAGGCUGCCUUGAUGGAGAAUCAACAUCAGAGAAACAACAUUCAGGAGGCUGCCUUGAUGGAGAAUCAACAUCAGAGAAACAACAUUCAAGAGGCUGCCUUGAUGGAGAAUCAACAUCAGAGAAACAACAUUCAGGAGGCUGCCUUGAUGGAGAAUCAACAUCAGAGAAACAACAAUCAGGAGGCUGCCUUGUUUGAGAAUCAACAUCAGAGAAACAACAUUCAGGAGGCUGCCUUGAUGGAGAAUCAACAUCAGAGAAACAACAAUCAGGAGGCUGCCUUGUUUGAGAAUCAACAUCAGAGAAACAACAUUCAGGAGGCUGCCUUGUUUGAGAAUCAACAUCAGAGAAACAACAUUCAGGAGGCUGCCUUGAUGGAGAAUCAACAUCAGAGAAACAACAUUCAAGAGGCUGCCUUGAUGGAGAAUCAACAUCAGAGAAACAACAUUCAAGAGGCUGCCUUGAUGGAGAAUCAACAUCAGAGAAACAACAUUCAAGAGGCUGCCUUGAUGGAGAAUCAACAUCAGAGAAACAACAUUCAGGAGGCUGCCUUGAUGGAGAAUCAACAUCAGAGAAACAACAAUCAGGAGGCUGCCUUGAUGGAGAAUCAACAUCAGAGAAACAACAUUCAAGAGGCUGCCUUGAUGGAGAAUCAACAUCAGAGAAACAACAUUCAAGAGGCUGCCUUGAUGGAGAAUCAACAUCAGAGAAACAACAUUCAGGAGGCUGCCUUGAUGGAGAAUCAACAUCAGAGAAACAACAUUCAGGAGGCUGCCUUGAUGGAGAAUCAACAUCAGAGAAACAACAUUCAGGAGGCUGCCUUCAGACUAAAUCCCUUGAUUCAAAAUUGGCUUCCAUCACCAAAUUUGUCCAUCAUUCAACCUCAUGUCACACCCACUACUUAUCACAAUAAGGAAACAUUGGACAUGUUGGCUGUCACACCAACAUCUCAUCACGAUAAGGAAACCUAG